CAGAGAGAAUUUGUCUCCACUGAACUACUGUGGUCGUGUUUGGAGAAUGCACUCCUGAAAUGUUUCCCACUUCUUGUUUGUGUCCUUUCAAUGUGAGCUUUAUCAUAAAUCAUCUGCUAUAACUGCAUACCUGGCAGAAAUGCAGGGAAGUUACAGUCUUACACAGUUUAUUUUGUUACCUUUCAGAUGUUGAUUUAAGCAAGUUAGUCGCCAUAAAUGGUACAUUGCACAUUUUCUCAGUCCUGAGGCCAAAAGGCACGUAAAAGACACAUUCUCUGUUUAAAUCAUCUUUGUACAUGAGGUAAAAAAAAAAAAAAAAGAGCUUGAGGUAAAUUUCAGUUACAGAAAAGGAGCCUAACUACAUUUUUUGGUCUCUCUGGACCUACUAAAAUGCAAAGAUGUCUUUGGAUAUGAAAACAUUAUCAGACAUUUUAGGCCAAAAGCUGUCACCAACAUUUGCCCGAUGGAAGAAUUAGAAGGAAUAAAAAAGAGCCUACAAAAGCAUGUUCAGAUCUUAAUCCCCACAAUGACAUUAUAGCAUUUUCACAUCCAUACAGUGUACAACAAUGCUGGAGAAGAGUUGCAUGAUGCUUUUUAAUUAAGUUCACACUGUUCAGCAUGUUGCUCUCUUUCUUCUCAAAGUUAGACACUGUGGGCUCUGUGAGCAUUAUAUGCAAUGCACAUUUCAUAAAUCACAACACUGACUGCACCAAAGAACAGGACUCAGUCAAAUGGAAUGUAGGCCUUUUCUCUAAUACGACUUAUGUAAAUCUCUGACAAAACCUUAUUGCACAACUUUCCCCCCAAAAGCUUCUUUGUCUCCACUUGAUUAUUUUCUCCGAGCAGGCCAUGUCUGCCUCGGGCCGGCUGUAAUUUGAUUAGUCCACUGAGAGGGUAGCCUGACGCAUUGCUGCAGGGAGGGGGGCUGAACUGCGUUUGAAGAGAUGGAGACUUUGGUCUUUCUAUUUUCAUUUUCUGCCCUCGGCAUUCUCUAUGCCAUGAACGCCAUUCCAGAGCUUCAAGAGCCUUAUGUUAUCCUGGGGACCGGUGUCGCUGUGCUGGUCGUUGUGUUUCUGUUCUACUUCCUCAUCACUCGUGGCAACCCACCUAAAGACGUCUUAUUCUUUGUUUUUGCUGAAUUUUCAUUUACUUGUGUCAUUGACCUGACGAGUGCCUUGGAAUACGAUGGCAUUAUGUCUGGAUUUAUGAAAUUCUACCAGAAAACAGGAGAGCCCUAUCUGGGAACAGCCUAUGCCAUCAUGAUGUGCUACUGGGAUGGAAUAGCACACUUUGUCAUGUACCUGGUGAUGAUCAGCAGGAUAACAGAGAGGAAAGGAUACCGUACCCUCGGCCUGCUCUGGGCGGGCUCUUUGAGCGCCAACAUGAGUGUGUUCAUUGCCGGAAUAGUGGCAGGUAAAUAUGGCUCAGAAAUCCGUCCAGUUUUCUGGCUCAACUUUCUCUUCCUGUUGAUGCCUUUGUGGGGAGCUGUCACGCUAUUCACAAGGCCCAAGGACAGACCACUGAUCGGUGGAUACAAUGCCCAGCACGCUCAGAGCAUGAAACUGAUUUGGCGUCCCCUGGACCUGAUGCUGGUUCUGCUUCUGUUAGCUGCCAUGGCCUUCACUAUCCUCAGAGGCUUGGUGGCUCUGGACUCUCCACUCGAGGCCUGUUCUGUCUACCUGAAGCACUACGAACCCUACUUGAAAGAUCCAGUGGGCUUCCCCAGAGUCAUGAUGCUGCACUUGUUCUUCUAUGGACUACCCCUGUUGGGUGCGUUUGUUUACGGUCUUCUCAAACCCGGGUGCACAUGGAUGUCGGACUGGACGGUGUUCUUCGCUGGGGCCAUGAUUCAGUGCCAGUGGGCCCAUAUUGGAGGAUCCCUCCAUCCUCGCACCACAGCUCCAUUUCAUAUCCCAAAUGAUGUUUUCUGGUGUGUGCUGGCAGCUAACCUCCUCUACACGGUCACUCCCGUCCUAGUGGCCCUGCGGGUUCGAAAUAAUCCCUAUUUCUUCCUCAAGAUCAGCCCCUUUCCCGGUCAGACGGGUUUACCAAACAGUGAAGAGAAAGACACCAAGUACAAAGACAAAUAAUAAUUCUUAAUCUUCAUUGACCUUUGGAGUUAACCACUUAUCUGAUGAUUCGUGAAGAGCUGUUUUACUUUAACUGCCAUAUUCCAAAAUGCCAAAAUACAAAAUAAUUUUGCUCAACA